CUCCGGCCUCUGAGCCUGCAUCAGUUCCUCAGCGAUUCUUUCCCCCUUCUCGUCGGCCGUCCUCGUCGUCUUCUCCAGCAAACAGACGGCCAACCUCCGUCGUCCCUCCUAUCACAUCUAGCAUCCGCCUUCCCUGCUCGAACCCGAGCCUUUCACCUGAAAAGAAGAUUCCCCACCUCUUACAUCCAAUCCAACCUUUGCGAUUGCCGAUUCCUAGCAGAAGAAAUGCGAUCCCUUUUCGGCGCAUUGAUUCGAAGGCAAACCCUUGGCAGCAGCUCCAUAACUUCGCGGUUGCAGUCAAGCGGAGGAAUAGGUGCUUCUUUCGCCAACUGUGGCAAUGAAAAUCAUAUUUUCUGUUGUUCGGCUUCGAAUUGCCUUCACGCUUCGAGGAAUCACUUUCUCCGCUCGUUUCACCAUUUCCCUUCCGGCGCUCCUCGGCAAUCGACAUCAGAGUUCAAUAGAGCGGGCUUCGCCAAGUUUAGCAGCAAUGGGAUAAGCUCUAGGCUAAAUGUAUCCCCUUGGCCUGUUCUUGGGACUUCUAUCCCAAGUAGGAACAUUUCAACAGCGGGAUCUUCUGAUGCACCCGCUUCACCGGAUUCUUCAAUACCGAUUGAUGUUGUACCACCCCGAAUAAAAUUUAAGAGAAUGGAUAAAACAGCGAGGAACAUAAUGCAGAUUCUCAAUAGGGAAGCAGUAGAGGAAGUGAGGACACAGAGAGAAGUACCUGAUAUACGUCCUGGUUACAUUGUGCAACUCAAAGUGGAAGUACCUGAAAAUAAGAGGCGUCUUUCAACUGUUAAGGGCAUUGUCAUAGCAAGACGCAAUGCUGGCAUUAACACCACAUUUAGGAUCAGAAGGCAGGUAGCAGGGGUUGGAGUUGAGUCUCUCUUCAUGUUAUAUUCGCCAAACAUAAAGGAGGUUAAGGUGCUGGACAAGAAGAAAGUACGAAGAGCCAAGCUUUACUAUCUGAGAGAAAAGAUGAAUGCCUUGUCAAAAUAGCUUGUUUGUCGUGGUCGGAAUAUGCUCACUGGUUCAGGAAGAUGGUAGGGUUUGAUUUUACGAGAUGGCUUUUGAUGUUAGCUACUCGGUCUAUUGUCGCAUUUUGUCAAAGACUAUUGGGUGCCUUGAAUAACACUACGGGUAGCAUACACACGGAGGUGCGAAGAUUCUACUCAGGAGUAAGGAGCUGCAAAGAAUCUCCAAACUAGAUUGCAGCAAAUGAAAUCUGCAUGAUUGUAUAAGAUGCAUUAUCCUUCUUACAACCAAAAACUUCUUAUCAAAUACAAAAUUUUGUAGUGGAUAUUGUUCUACAGUCUCCUGUACGAGCUCACACCAGUUAAACAAGAGAGAUCCCCCCACGAAGAAUCGUAUAUGAGAAUUUCCUUUGGUUCAGCUCAAACAGAAGGAUCCAUCUCUCAACAUCCUGCAAACAGAAAACGCUAGCGGGUAAUUCAAAGGCACCAUCUCCAAG